ACUAUUCACGUGACGUCCGUUGCGUGUGGCAAUGAUCCGCGCAGCUGUCUGCAUUCUCGCGCUGCUUGAGACGACUUCAGCGGAUCCGAAUGAGUUCUUCGACAGAGUUUUGUUGGAUCUAGGUCGACAGAUACGCAGGGAUGGACUCGACAGUCUCGAUGUUGACGGUUUCGAACUCAAAGUCGAGAAAACUGGUUUCUUCACUCGAGAAUUCGAAGCGAGUUUCAGCAGCGGAGAGCUCAUCGGGCUCUCCACCGCGGUCCGAGAUGGUGAUUGCGCGGACGAUCUCGUAGACGCAAUCGAUACUUGGUUUUACACUAUCAAGUGCAAAAUCGUGAUGCCGCACGCUCGUUUCGCGUUCGAUGCCGUCGUGAAAGGAGAUGAUAUCAUCGGUAGAUCGCACCUCAUAGCGACGACAACCCAUCUUACGAACGUCAGUGCUGAAGUCAUGAUCGCGAGGACGGAGGACAGCUCGAAAUUCAAGCGAUUGACCGUGACAUCGACUGGUCCUCUCGAAACCAACAUAGUACAGGGCAGCGUUGACCUGAAUCCUGAAAGGAAACUGUCUUUUAUCUCGCAGAUCAACGAGAAACUGUCCGAGAAAAUAGGCCAACUAUUCGACCGGGAAUACGCUCAAAUGCUCAGAAUGGUCAUUCCCCGAUACGUUCUCUGAGUUCCAGCGAUUCCUUGGAUUUCUGGUCAAUAAAUGAAUGAAUGAAA